GUAUGUAUUGCGUCGUAUGAUUUAAUAGAUUAAAAUCUAUUGCAAGUUUAACUACCCACGUGCUGCGCAUUGCUAAGCGUGUUAUUAAGCGUAUAUAGCUAUUAAACGUCAUAUAACGUAAUUGAACCGUAUUAAUCAAACGUAUUUUGAAUAAAAUAAUUCCAUAAUAUGACGAUCAUAUCAUACAGUUGUAGUAUGUACAUAUGUAUAUAGAUUGAAAGUACACGAUGUGUUAUAUGAAGUUAAAAAAUAACCAAUAACAUUGCGAUAAUUAUUAUACGAUAAUGACACAUUCUAUAAGUAUGCUGAAUAUUAUCAAAAUAUACCGAAGAUUAUUAACGAAAUAUCCAUUACUUACACAAGCGACACAAGCGGGCACGUUAAUGGCACUCGGAGAUCAAAUUGCACAAAAUUUAAUCGAACGAAGAAAAAUUAAGGAUUUAGAUUUUGUAAGAACAGCUCAGUUUGGGUGCAUAGGAUUUUUUCUUACUGGACCUGUUACACGAACUUGGUAUGGAAUAUUAGAUAAACAUAUCGGCUCAAAGGGAGGAAUUGUGGUAUUAAAGAAAGUGUCUUGCGAUCAAUUGCUUUUUGCACCUGUAUUUCUAAUAGUUUUACUAUCAGCAAUUGGUAUUUUACAAGGAAAUGAUUUAGAACAAUUAAAAAAGAAAUUGUACAAUGAAUAUCCAGAUAUUUUAAAGAAUAAUUACAAGCUGUGGCCUAUGGUGCAACUAUUCAAUUUUUAUUUUGUACCUUUACAAUAUCAAGUUUUAGUAGUACAGUCAGUAGCAGUACUAUGGAAUACUUAUAUUUCUUAUAGGACAAGUUUAGGAAAAUAAAAAUAGAAAAUAAAGAAACAGUAUCUCUAAUAAAUAAAUGAGCUAUAUGUUGUGCAAGUAAUUUAUCAAUUCCAUUAUCUAGGCUUUAAGCCACGUUCCUCUUGCGUUCUGCAGUCUACAGAACAAGAAAUCACGUUCCAUCGACAAUCAACGUCACUUAUAUAUCCUCGGUAAAAUGGACUAGCAGCAGUUAGAGCCAACUGUCGAAUGUUAAAUAAAUGUUCUGUAACGUAUGCGCGAAAGAAUAUGCUAACAACUCCAUGCCUUCAGAACUUAUAAAAAUACAAUUACAUUUUUACAUAUUACUGACCAUUAUUGGACAUAAAGGUGUUAACUGGUCAUAUAAUGUCCUUGCUUCUUCUAUGUUACAAGCUUGAAAAGUAAGUUGUAAACAACAACAACCCAUUCCAAAACCCAUAGCAUCCAUGUAAAUGUGAUCUUCUUUUGCUGCACAACUAGAUUCAUUUUUAAUUAAAGGACCAAAAUCCUCCUUAAAAGGAUUUGGCACAUUUUUAUCUUUAUAAACUGCAAAGAAAUACUUUAUGUUAAGAUCUAACUGAAUCUUUUUAUUUAUAAAAAAAUAUACAUAUGUAAUUAAUAAAUGCAGUAAAUACAUA